AUGGGGCCUCUAGCGUGGACAGUGUUCUUGUGCAUCGUCAGCAGUGCUAGAUCGGGUGACGCGAUUUUCGACGAAACUGAUUCUGCUACACCAUGUUCUGCUAGCUUCUCUGGAUAUGCUCUCGAGAUGCUCAUGGUAAAGCUGGACCACAUGCAGCAAAGUGUUCUGCAACUACAGAUCGAAUCGGCCAAGCAGCGGGAAGAGCAAGCUGACUGCAAGGCGCAUAUGACCGUGGGACUAGACAACAUGCAGCAAAGUUUUCUGGAGCUACAGACCGAAUUGGCCAAGCAGCGGGAAGAGGCUGCGCAAAACCAAAAAGACAUCCUCCAAUCGAUGCAUCGAUGGGAGGAUGAUGUUGGACGCAACUUAAGUCGCCUACAGGAACGAUCAUGGCAGAUCUUGACGCAAAUACUUACGAAUGUCACAACGAAGACCAAUCUUCUUUCAUAUGCACCCUAUCCCUCGUGCAGUGAUAUUUGGAAUGUACAGCCUGGGGCAUAUAUUAUCCAGACGAACGGUGCAAGUAACUCUUUUAUGGCGUACUGUCAACGAGAUAUGAUAGGUAAAGGCAUCUGGUUGGUGAUACAGAUCCGAUUCGACGGAUCGCUGGACUUUUAUCGUAACUGGACCGAAUAUCGGAAUGGUUUUGGUGACAUUCAAAAGGAGUUCUGGAUCGGACUGGAACGACUACAUCAGUUGACAUCGGGGCGACCCCAUGAACUGAUGGUUGAGCUGAGAGACUUUGAGGGGAAUUAUAAAUUUACGAUCUACACAGCAUUCGAGAUCGGCAGUGAAGCCGAACAAUACAAACUGAAAACACUUGGAGCGUACCACGGAACCGCAGGGAAUUCUCUGUCACAACACAAGAAUAUGAAAUUCACGACGUACGAUCGUGAUAAUGACCAAAAUAGUUCCGAAAAUUGUGCUAGGAUACGUCAGGGUGCCUGGUGGUACUCCAACUGCGUUCAAUCCCAUUUGAACGGGCUAUACAUGAGUGGUGAUGAUAGUAGAUCGAUGAACUGGUUAACCUUCAGAAAUUCCUAUGAAGGACUGGCCUUUUCAAGAAUGAUGAUCCGACCAAAAUGA